CUGAGAAAGCACUGUCUUCUGCUGCCCCCCGACUGAAAAUGUUGUACCAGCCUUACCGAUGCAGAGACCAAGCCAUCACCGUGUACCUCCUCCUCAUCCUCACCUGUACGCUGCAUAUAACCAGACGCCAACCCCACGGCGGUUCUUCCAUAGAGCUUCAUCAGUAUCUAUCUCCAAAACUCUCCGUGGUCAGGGAAAAGACUAGUGCUAGCGAGAUGCCUGGCCGCAACUUGGGCGCUGCAGGAGCAAAGGAGGGGGAGCAUGCCAGGCCGCCCAAGAUCGACGUGCAGACGCUCUACGUACUGUACAUGGUGCUUUUCAUGAUGAUCUGGAUGUCCUUGUUUCGGUUUCGGUAUCCGCAGCACGCCGAGUUCCUCCGCUACAACCCGGCCGUGGAAGCCCUGGCCGCCUGCUUCUUCUUCACGUUCGUCACCGUCAUGCUGCAGGCGCUGCUCGCCAACGCGCUGUCGGAGAAGCCCGCCCCGUCGCCGCUUCCGCCUCCCGUGAACCAGUGGAUCAUGGGCAUCUCGGUGUGGAUGUUCGGGGUCCUCUACUACCUGGUCUACGCCUCCAUGAGCGACGGGUAUGCGGCGGAGCCGGGGUACUCGGGCCUGAUCAUCGCCGGGGUCGCGAGUGUUGUGAGCCUCGCCAUGACCGUCUACAACAUCCGGCAGCGCCCUGUCUUUGCUUAGCUGCGGAUUAUUGAGCAUCUUGGAACCUCAAGAGUGGCGACCUGAAGAAGGGUCAGACUUGCCCUUGCCUAUGGCAGUUUAAUGUUGCUAUUAUCUGUCUUCUGUUGGAUGUGUUAUGAGUAUGUUGUUGGUUACCAAGGUUCUAUAUCUACUAUCUGAACUCAGCAAGGAUUUGGCUUCAUUUGGGGGAUAGGAUUAAUCUAUGUCAGUACCUGGGAUGUUUCGUGAUGAACUACUUCUUUAGGUAAUGUUUCAUGAAAAAUUUCUUGAUUGGGGUUUGAUUUCUUUCCUUGCGUGUUUGCGUUGCAAGCCCAGGUGGUCACUGGAGGAUCCUUGGUUCUUGUUAAUGGGGAUGUGAUCUUCUCCUUUCGGUAACUCUCUGUGAUAGCGAUCGGUUUUGUUAUUUAGUCAAAGAAAUUUCAGACUGACUGCUAUA